AUGUUAAUUCAUAGGAUGCUUAAACCUCAAUCCUUAACAAUUAAACAUUUCUGUGCUAAAAAUGUGAUAUUAAAAAAUUAUAGUUCAUAUUUAAAUAAUAACAAAAAAAUUGACACAUUAAGAAAUAUUGGUAUAAUUGCACAUAUAGAUGCCGGGAAAACUACAACAACUGAAAGAAUGUUAUAUUACAGUGGAAAAACAAAACAUAUAGGCAAUGUUGAUCAGGGCGAUACUGUAACAGAUUUCCUACCUCAAGAAAGAUCUAGAGGAAUUACCAUUCAAUCAGCUGCAAUUUCAUUUGAUUGGGGUCCAACUAAUAACAGCAAUAGAAUUAAUUUGAUUGAUACGCCAGGCCAUGCAGAUUUUACCUUUGAAGUUAUUAGAUCUUUACGUAUAUUGGACGGAUGUGUUACCAUUUUAGAUGCCGUUGCAGGUGUUGAAGCACAAACUUUAAAAGUUUGGAAACAAUCAGCUGGAAUUCCUAAAAUAUGUUUUGUCAACAAAAUGGAUAGAAUGGGUGCUAGUUUUGGCAGAACUGUUAAGGAAGUUGUUUCUAAACUACACACGAGAUGUAUACUAAUAAAUACCCCUGUUUUUGAAACCAAAGGCGAUAACUGUGAGUUUGUUGGUGUUUUAGAUACACUGAAUAAAUGUGUUUUAAAAUAUUCAAGAGAUGAUCCAGAUAAGUUUGAGGUUAUUGUUGAUUUACCAGAAAUUUUAAAUGAACAAUUAAGAAAGUCUAGGGAAGAUUUGGUAGAAACUUUGUCCGGUUAUGACACUGACUUAGUGGAAUAUAUUUUGGAAGUAACCGAUGAUUUCAUGGAAAUUCCAGCUGAUAUUUUAAACAACUCCAUCAGAAAAGCAACAUUAGCCAAUUACGUUACUCCUAUUUUAUGUGGUGCCAGCUUUAAAAAUAUUGGGGUUCAGCCAUUACUAGAUGCAAUUUCUUUGUAUUUACCUAGUCCUGUAGAAACGCCCAAACAACCAAAGAUCACCAGAACAGAUGGAAAAAAUGUGCCGGUCAGAAUGGAUCCAAACAAAGGUCUAAUAAUAAACAACAACGGAAAUUUAUGCGUAUCAUUGGCUUUCAAAGUCAUCACCGACCCAAUAAGAGGUACUAUGGUUUUUGUUAGAGUAUACUCUGGAACAUUGAAAAGUGGCAACACUGUUUAUAACUCUACCACGGGGGAAAAGUUUAAAAUUGGUAAAUUAGUUGUUAUGCAUGCCAAUGUUCCAGAAGAAACCAAUGACUUGAAAGCUGGACAAAUUGGUGUUUUAACUGGCGCUUCAGCCGCCAGUGUUAAGACGGGUGACACUCUUGUUACGCAUUCUAUUAAAAAAGAUGCCUUAAAGUCAUUCAAGCAAUCUGGUGAAUUAAACUUGCGAAUAAAUGAGAUUGAAAUCCCACCACCUGUUUUUUCUGCUGCAAUUGAACCUAAAACCUUGGGCAACAAAAAUCAAAUGGAGCAGGCUUUACAACAGAUAACAACUGAAGACCCUAGCCUGAAAAUAACUAGAGAUGAGGAAACUGGCCAAACUUUAUUAAACGGAAUGGGAGAAUUACAUUUAGAAAUUGCCCGUGAUAGAUUAUUAAAUGAUUUAAAUGCACAAAUUAACAUUGGAAAAGUCAUGGUAUCAUAUAAAGAAACCAUUAACAAAAAAUCUGAAGUUAUCACUAAAACACAGGAGCCUGCCUAUAAAUUAAGUAUGUCGGUUGAACCGUUGCCACAAGAAAGAAAUAAUAAUGAUGAUGAGAUCUGGUACUCGUUAGGUGGUGAUAAUAACUAUUUUAUUAUGAAUAAACCAAAAGAUAAGGACAAAGAAUGGAUUUAUCAAACGCUUUCUCAAACAAGUUUUGUUAACGCAUUAAUAUCUAGUUGUAUUGUGGCAUUACAAAGAGGUGGUAAGACUGCUAAUUUCCCACUACAUUCCAUAGGUAUUAGAUUACUAAAUGAUUGGGAGUUACCAAUAGAUGUGUCUGAUGUUUCCACUAUCCUAAGUUUAUCUAGAUCUGCAAUUUGUUCUGCACUAGAUUCUAUUGACAAAAGCAGCUUUGCGGUGUUGGAACCUUUGAUGGCCGUUAAAAUUUCUGUUUUGGAACAAGAUUUAGGCAAUGUUGUACAAGAUUUAACAGGUGCACGUAAGGCACAAAUCCUAUCUAUUGAAGAUGAAAAUGGUGCAACUGAUAGUGGUGAUUCAAACGAUGAUGUAUUGAUUUUCCAAGAUAUUGCCAACAAAAUGUAUUUACCAUUAGACCAUACAAAUAAAAAUAGCCCUGCUAAAAUAGGUGCAGAUAUUAUUAAAGUGAUUGACGCAUUGGUUCCCUUAGGCGAAAUGGUUGCAUAUAUGAAUAGAUUGAGAAGCUUAACACAAGGAAGGGGUUCAUUUGUAAUGGAAUAUCAUGGAAUGGAAAAGGUUUCUGAUGAUAGGUUGGCUUGUAUUUUAGAAGAUUAUUAA